UCAACUGUUGUCUUCUUCCACUGAAAUGUCUUCAAAUUCUUCAAUAUCUCAUUGCUCCAAUUCAACCAGUUCGCCUAAUUCCAAAGAUGAAGAAGAAGGUGGCCCUUCGCAAUCUCCACCUAAGAGAAGAUAUCGUAAGAAGGAGAAAAAAGCUACAAGUGAAGGGUCAGAAAAACCCAUAAAAAGGAAAAGUGCUAGUAAGAAGGUAAAGUCUGAUGAACCAUCCACUUCUGCAGUACCUCGUCCAAAAAGAACACGGAAAUCUAGAUCCAAGAAGACGUCAAAGGAUUCUGAUUGUGCUGGAUCUUCAUCUGUUAAUCGUACUGUGCCAUCUUCUUCUGAAGAUCCAGCUCCUGCAAGUAUUCCAUCUUCAUCUCAAGCACCAUCUACUUCUUCAAAUGCAGAUACUAAUCAAAACAUCGAGACCUCUGCUGAUGAAUCUCUUGGAAAUGACAAUCAUACUGUAGAAGAAUCUGCUUCAACAUCUGCUGUAAAAUUACAGUAA